AGGUGUUGCAAGGGCCUGUYACUSUUUGGGGUGSGGGRAAGAUCGGAUCUUUCGCACRUCUUCCGUCGUGAUGGAUUCGUCGCGGUGGAGGGCGGAUCCGAAUGCCGGUGGGGAAGGCGGUUUUCAGGUGGCAGAUCCUAGACAGCAUGCAGGUGUCGCAUAUGCUGCAUCCCCACCCCCAAGUAUGCUACCGUUCCACAAGGGAGCCGUCGAGGGAAUGCAAGGGCAGGCCAUGGGAGUUCCUUCGGGACCUGGGAUGUCGAUGCCGCGCAUGCAGUCCAUGAUUGCACGUCCGCGAUUGCCUUCGCGCCCUGCACCACAGAUGAUGCCAGCCGGGGCAGGGUACGUCGCUAACGCUUCGUUCAGCGCGCAGCUUGCUGGCGGGUAUGCACCGCCAGGUGUGCAAUCCAUACCCGCCGGAACGGCGUUUGGCAUCUCCGGUCAUGUGUUCCCUGCAUCUCAGGCCAUGGAUGGUGGGUAUGGCUGCGUAGCGGAGCCGCCAUGGACGGCUCCGUGUGGGCAAAGCAGUCGGCGGGCGUUGGGGCAAAGCACCCAGCCGACAUUUGGGGGCAGUUCCAUCCCUUCCCCCUCGUCAUGCAAACGCACUUCGAGCAAUCAGUCGGCGUCCAUGAUAGACGUCGACAGCGAUGAAAACGGUGAAGUGUCGGCGGAUACAACCGGUUGGACGCCUGGAGGAGUUGGCGAUGGUGAGGGCACAUGGCAUGAUGACACGGGCGGGUCCAGUUACGGGGCAGAUGAAGGAGACGACGACGACGACACUUCCACGCAGCAGGGGGAGAUGAACGAUGAAGAUGGUGGUCGUCGUGUGGAGGAGGGGGGGGUUCAAGGGCGUCCAGGCGAGGAUGUGAAUGUGGCGAAGGUUAAGCAGCAGAAGCGUCGUGGCGGGCGGCCUCCGACCGCCAACCCCAAACCGAAGGUGCCGUGGACAUUGGACGAGAGGAUCCAUCUCGCGAGGAUGAUGCAAAAGGACGACGCCCUCAUGGUGGACGCCAACGACCAACAUCGCAUGAUGGCGAUGAAGGAUCGGUACGCAUGGAUUGUCGCACGGAUGAAGGAUGUCGGGUACAUGCACAGGACAACGGAGGAUUGUCGGAAGAAGUGGACGAACAUGAUGACAACGGCGAAGCUCAUCCUCGACAAGCAAUAGAAGAAGUCGGGGGAGCCAUCGUAUUUUGACAUAACAAUUGAAGAGCGGAGAGAGAGGAAACUGCCGCUGUCUUUCGAGAAGGCGUUGUGGGACGCGA